UCAUGCACACAAGCUAAUGAUUCCGGCUAAUAAUGGCUAUUGAUCGGUACAAACUGCAACCUGGGGGGCAACAUAAACACAUGAACCCCAUUUUGUUUCUACUGAUCUCGUUCUCACAGUCGGGAACAGGUUCUUUAAGGGUAGAUAUGGGGGUGUCACUUGUGAAAUCCCUGAGGAAUGAAGAAGCGUUUAUCCCGUGCUCUGUAACCGACUGGGGCCCCGGAGAAGUGAAUCCCAAAAACCUGGCAGUUGAAUGGACCCAGAAAACCUUGGAUGGAAGUGAAGAGCCAGUGUAUCUGUAUGUGUCUGGGACUCGCACCCCCACCCGGCCCGGAUCCUACAUAUCAGACCGGGACCUUAUAACCGGCAAUGUGGGGCUUCACUUACCCCGGGUUCAGUUCACAGAUGAAGGAGAAUAUACCUGCACUGUCUUUUAUACCCCAGAUAAAGCCGUGGGGCAGUCUGUCCUGCAGGUGUCAGCUCCCCCAGCCCCCAGGCUGACACCGACUGAUAUCACAAUGGAGCCCGGAACAGAGACGACAGUUACGUGUGAGGCCGAUGAGUUUUAUCCCAAAGACAUAACUUUCCAGUGGAUCAAAUAUCAACGAGGUUCUGGGAAUGUUCUGUUACAAAAAGGAGUCUCCUUCACUCUCCCAAUAGAUAAUAAAGAUGGAACCUUCAAUCAAAGUAGUUUUCUGCGGAUAAAUCCGACACUAGAAGAUAAUGGGAACGUCUAUUCCUGUAAUGUGUCCCACAGAUCCAUGGGAACUGAUCUGCAGCUCUGUCUCACUCUCUCCGUCACAGAGAAGAAAACUGGGAGCAUUAUUGGAGCAAUAACUGCAACACUUGCUGUGGCAAUAAUUUCAAUUGGUAUUGGUAUUUUGGGCUGCAUGAUCCUUAAAAAAGAGCCCCCCAAACUCUCUCCCAUUACCGGAGCGGAACAUUUGGUGCAUAUGAACGAGGCGACUCUCUCCUGCCAGAUCUCUGGUUUCCGACCCAAACCCAUCAGAAUUACAUUGUGUUUGCAAAGAAAUGGGGGAGAAAGGAUGGAAAUUUACUCCUGGGAUUCUGAGGCCCAAACUGGUUCCGCUGCCCCAGUGCAAGAGCCAGAGAGAGAGGAGUUAAUGGGAACUUGGAAUGUGCAAUAUCUGCCCCCGGCACAGAGGGCGCUGCAAGUGGAAAUGGUUCCUGUAAUAACAACAAGUAAAUAUCAGCGACUUUCCAACUGUCAGUGCACAAUCCGUAUAACCCCCGACAUAGAGGAAGAUGAUGGGGCAGAACUGACUGUGAGGGUCACUCACUCUGCCCUGAGGGGCCCCAUCUCUGUGUCCUGUCGGCUGGAGGUCAGGGGAGUAAAACCAAACAUUUACAAAAUCGUAUCCCCGCUCCGUAUCCUCCAUGAAGAACCCGUGACUCUGACCUGCCCCAUCUAUGGGUUCAAGCCAAAGCCGCUCUCUGUUACUUGGCUGAAAGUGGAUCCACUGGGUCGGGAAACAGAACUUCUGAGCUGGGAUCGGGGUUCAACCGACAUCUGUGAUCCCCAAUAUUCCCAUCAGCUGGCGGAGAAUGAGAGAGAACAUAGAGAAGAAGAAGACGAUCACAUUAACUACUUCCUAAGCAACGUGACCCUGAAGCCCACAGUGAGGGGGGAUCACGGGGCUCAGUACGUCUGUAGGACUCACCAUUACGCCACAGGGGAAAGGGCAGAGAAACGUAUGGAAAUGCAGGUUUUAGCUGUCCCACAACUGGAUCCCAUACAGACGUCUUCUGACAUUAUAUCUGUAGGAAAAGAGAUCAAGUUAUCUUGCAGAAUCCAUUCCUUUUACCCACAACCUUUGAACAUUUCCUGGUAUAAAGAAGAUGAGAUCUUGGUAUCAACUAAUACCCAAAUAAUCCCUGAGGACAAUGGCCUGUUCCAUGGUACCAGCCGUGCCACAUACAGGCCCAGUGUGAGGGACAUUGGGAAGAGGUUCCGGUGUGAGGUCUCUCAUCCGAGUCUCCAACAUCCUAAAUGUGUUUCCUGGGAACUGAAACAACUGGUCUGUACCCCGACUGUGAGUGAAAUAGAGUGUGAGCCUGAGGUCCCUGAGUGUGACCAACCUGUCACAUUAUCCUGUACUGCCCGGGAUUUCUACCCCGCAACCUGCUCAGUCCGUUGGUACAAGGGCAAGAGAAGCACCUCUACUGUACAUGAAACAGAACCUGCCCAGCAAGACCCCGAGUCCGGACUGUUCUCUAAAACAACAAAAAUUCUCUUCACACCUUCCGCCAGCCAACAUGGGACAGAAUACCACGUGGAAAUAACUCAUUCUAUGGAGACAACAGUUAGGAAAUAUUGUAUAAAACUCAAAGGGUUUCCAGAUGUUAAAGAUAUAACUUGCAAUAAGAACCCCCCAAAAUAUGGAGAAGCCCUAACCCUAAGCUGCGAGGUUAUUGGAUGCAGCGCCCAUGACAUCACAGCAGAAUGGCAAAUGGGCAUUAAUCCCAUAAAGGGGCAAAUGAGAGCAAAGACCCAAACAGACAGAGAUUCAGUCACAUUCCUCCUCACACUGACGCCCACAGCAGAGCAUCAUGGGAAAUUAUUCGCCUGCCUGAUAAAGCACAAGGACCUACAGCACCAGUUUAUAAGACAUACAUUUAUAAAUUUGCCAGAUGUGCCACCCACUUUAUCAGAGAUCAUGGUGUUCCCAAAGUACCCACAGAUAAGCAAAGAAGCCACAUUCACCAUAAACAUCUCUGAUUUCUCAUAUAAAAACCUUGAAGUGAAAUGGUCCUGGCAUACCAACCAGCUCACAGACAAUGUCAUAACAUCAGAGGCAGAAAUUAGAGAGAAUGGAUUAUAUUCCUGUAGCAGCUCAGUGAGAUACACUCCAAAGGACAAAGACCUCAUUCAGUGUGAUGUUGUGACCAACAAGAGAAGAAGAUACAUUAAACAAUAUCAAGUUAAAGACAGAGGUGCCGCUCGACUUGCACUGGAACCUUCAACACUUUAAAUAAACAGGAAGAACUUGCUAUAAAAGCUUUAUCCCCACCCCAAGAUGGGAGUCAGAGGGUGCUCUUUGCAACAGAAAGGGUUGCCACCUGGCUGGUAAAAAUUGUUAAUUAUUCAUAGUGAAGGAAAAAUAUAGGGAGGCCAGUAUUUUUUUCCAGAAAAGAACUAUACCCUGUGCAAUUUGCGCCAAAGGCAGGAUCAAGGCACAUCCAAGACAUGUCUGUAGUAAUGGUGGAUACACUGAGUUGUACAGAAACUAUGGCUCUCCAAUGAGUUUAUAUGUUGCUGGACCUUAUAACCUGAAGGAAAAUGUUUUUAAUAAUGAAUAAAAUCCUAAUAAAAUAUUUUGUACUUUCUAA